AUAACGGGAAGUCAGUAAAAUCCCGUUUCCACGAGGAAAGUGAAAGAAAACGUUGAAAGCAACUGUCUUUUGUACACCACGUUUGUUAACACAGAACAGUUUCACAAUGAUCAAUUAAUGGUCGCAAAGAAGGAUCGGCUGAGUCACGAAAGGGGCAUUUGCCCUGGAUUUAUUACUGUACCCAAAGCAGAGGUGCAACGACAACAACUUAAACUAGGACGUACAUUCCCUCAAAAUUCUAGUAUAACAGUGUGUAUCUGAGGCGGUACAAGCCUCUUCCCCACCAGAAACAUGUCGAUAUUUGGAGCAAAGACUGGGUUUGGCAGCUCAUUUGGCACUCAAAAUUCAACAUUCGGAACUAGUACUCCUUUUGGGCAGGCUUCAAACACUUUCGGUACAAAACCUGCAGGUACAACAGGCUUUGGCACACCAUCAGCGUUUGGUGCUCAGACACCGGCUACUGGAGGGCUGUUUGGAGCGGGAACCAACACAAAUACUGGGGGCUUGUUCGGACAAACCUCAACGUCAACGUUUGGACAACCGGCUACAGGAGGUUUCACAGGGUUCGGAGUCGCACCCAGUACUUCCAGUAACUUGUUUGGGCAGACUACUCAGGCAAACAGCCUGUUCUCAACGCCAGCCUCAAACAGUGCCUUUGGGACUAAGACACCAGGGGGCUUUGGGGCCUUUGGCAAUACAACAGCCAGUACAAACCUGUUUGGAAAUCAGCAAAAUGCUGGGGGAUCUCUGUUUGGUGCUUCAUCUGGUGGGCUGUUUGGAAGCAGUGCCGCUACCACUAAUGGAACCACCGUAAAGUUCAACGCUCCCCAGGGAUCCGACACCAUGGUGAAGAACGGUGUGUCUCAGAACAUCAGCACUCGUCAUCAGUGCAUCACGGCCAUGAAGGAGUACGAGUCCAAAAGCCUGGAGGAGCUGAGACUGGAAGACUACAGCAGCAACCGUAAAGGGAAACAGCAGAGCAGUCUGUUUGGUGCCUCAGGUCCAACCACACAAACCACAGCCUUUGGCUUCGGGGCCCAAAACACCACAACAGGCUUUGGAAACACUGGGGGAUUUGGCACCCAGACGUCGUCGGCUGCUGGGAGUCUAUUUGGGAAUACCCAGACCCAGAGCUCAACAGGGGGCUUGUUUGGAACCCAGAACAAGUCACUGUUUGGUAGUAACAGUGCGGGCUUCGGCCUUGGACAGAAUCAAAACACGACGAAUGUGUUUGGUCAGAAUCAGCAACAGAAUAAAAGUUUAUUUGGAACAAAUACCACAACACAGGCCACUGGAGGCUUAUUUGGUAACACAAACACAUCCACGUUUGGAACCGCAGGGUUUAGUGGCUUUGGAAACACAAACCAGUCGACUGGAAGCCUCUUCAACAAGCCUGUGUUUGGAAGCACAACCACCACUGCACCAUCAGCCUUUAACUUUGGCCAGACGUCUGGAAGUCUCUUUGCGAAACCUGCCACUACAAAUGCGUUCACCUUUGGGGCCCCUAAUACUGCAACAACAGGAUUUGGAGGUCAGGCCAACACAGGCCUGUUUGGGAACAAAGCAACAACUGGGUUUGGGACCGCUGCCACUGGUCUCACUGGCUCCACAUUUGGCACAGGGUUUAAUGCAGCAAACAACUCACUGUUUGGUGCAAACCAGAACAAGCCAGCAUUUAAUUUUGGUGGGACAAAUAAUACAUUUGGAACAAGUUCAUUAUCUCUGGGGGGCGGACUCACCGGAAACACGAACACCACGUUCAGUUUUGGGAACUCCACAAGCAACAUUGGAACGACUGGAACAGACUCGACCACAGCUCAGACUGCACAGUUACAACAACAACUCCUGGCUCUCACUAACUCACCGUACGGGGAUUCCCCACUCUUCUGGAACCUAAGACAGGGUGGAGCUAAGCGUGAAGAUAUACUGAAGCCUACAAACCCUGCUGCUCAGAAGGCUGUGCUGAACUCGUCUAACCAGUACAAGGUCAGCCCUCGGCCAUCUGCUAAGAUCAAGCCAAAGUCUUUGCACUCCCUGAUGAACGGUAGCAAGGCUCAGAUCUUUGAUGGAUUGGAGGAGGAUGACUUCAGUUUUGGGAACGACUCGCUGGUACAGAGGAAGAGUGUGAAGAAACUGGUUAUAAAGAACCACGGCACUGGCUCUGUGUCCUCCGGUAAUCAGCUGUCCCACAAUGAAGACUUCUCUGAAUCCCAGCGAUUCUCGGACUCUCAGCGCUUCUCUGAGCCUCAACGAUUUAGCGAGGAACCACACCGCAUCAGCAGCAACGGAUAUGAUUCCCCCCAAGUGAGUGUGCACAUGGCCACUGUGAACACUGGCAUUGAUAUCAGAAAUCACUCGGUGUCUGAAACGCCCGCUAUGAGCGCCCCACAAAAACGGUUGGAGUUUAAUGAGACGAUAACUGUGCCUCCCACUCCAGAGCUAGACAACAGUGGGGAUAGGAGCGAGGUUCAGCUGGAGGAUAGCCAGCAUGAAGACCUGCAACAGGAUGAGAUCAUUGAGCUACCCCCUCACCCAGCUGGCAUCGUGCUGCGAAGACCAGGGUAUUACUGUGUCCCUACCCUAGAAGAGCUGGCGGUUCUGUAUGAGAAAACUGGGGAGUGUGUUGUAGAGAACUUUACCAUUGGCCGUGAGGGAUUUGGCAGCAUCUUCUUCCCAGGGAUGACCGAUGUCACAGGGCUUAACCUGGAUGAAAUAGUUCACUUUCGUCGUAAGGAGGUCAUUGUGUACCCUGAUGACGAGAAAAAGCCUCCGUUGGGGGAGGGACUAAACAAGAGGGCAGAGGUUACACUCGAUUGUGUCUGGCCAGUUGAUAAGACGUCCAAAAGUCCUAUUAAGAGCCCAGACAGCCUGCGAAUGAUGAAUUACCAGGCUAAGAUAGAGCUCGCCACAGCCAAAUUAGGGGCCAAGUUUGUGGACUACAGGCCUGAGACUGGUUCCUGGGUGUUUGAGGUUAAACAUUUCUCUAAAUACGGCCUGUUGGAUGACUCAGACGAGGAAGAAUUGAGCGAACAGGAGAAGAAAAAACUGAAAUUGUUACAGCAGCAGACAUUAGCAGUACAGAAACAGAAGAUGAAGCUGUUACCUGUGAUAGGUAAAGAUGGUAUGGAGGGGGAAAAGGUGAGAGGGGCAGAGACCCGCUCUGACCUCCCGGCUGAGGGUGUCAGGGGUGAGAGCCUGCCCCAACAAGAUGUACCCAUGAUGGAUGAGGAGGACUUUGUACCCGCUGUCAUCUCUCAGGGAAAGUACAGCGAUGGCUACAUCUCAUCAGAACCUGAGGAGAUGGCGGGGUUAGAGGAGCCCUCUUCUCACAGACUGGCCACAAGCAUGGGGGUCAACACUCGAAGGAUGCAGAUCAUGAAGGCCUCAUUCUUCUCAGCUGAUGUCCCGGAUGAACAAGACCCUGAGCUGGCACACACAGUCAUGUCUGAGACCAGGUCAGCCUCUCCCUUACUGAAGAAGACAGAGCCACUUGUCAGACACACCAGUCUGUUUGGAUCCGCCCUCAAGUCCAAGUUCCCUGCCCCUGUCAGACGAGAACCACAGAGUCUGAUGGCGGAUCAUCACAGGGAGGCUGAAAAUAUCUUCCCUCCUCGUAUUCCCUCGGCAGAGGUACUAAAGCCUGUUCAGGCGUUCUUCCCUGCCCCACCAGAGCAUAUGCCCAUCCCUAGCGGGAUGACCCAGGAGCGUCCUCGCCUCAUCGUGGGAUCCCGCAUACAGCGCGCUCUGCCUGACAUUAAGGAGUCAUUCAUGUAUGGCAAGCAGCAAAUCCUUCACGAUGCAGGCUGUUACAUGGGUCGGUCAUUCCGUGUGGGCUGGGGGCCAGGCUGGACACUGGUACACAGUGGUCAACCUUCUGAGACUACAGAAGUUACUAAGGCCAAACCUAUAUCGAUACUGCAUGGUCAGUCUGGCAGCUCCACACCUAAAGUAGGAGAAUCCCCAUGGAAGGUCAACAUCGAGACCAUCAAGGUUGCUGGCUAUUUCAAUUCACAGGACGAGCUUUUGCUGAACAACCAUCGUCAUAACCUGGAAGUACAGCUAGAGCAUGCUGUCAGCACAGAGGAAGAUGGUUCCCCUAUAUUUCACCUGGGCCCUGGGACAGAUGCCCUUCAUCAGUAUGCUCAGCGAACCACGAAGGAUCUGGAGAAAUCAGAGUCUCACCCCGAGCUGCCCACAAUGCUGCACAUGGAGAUGGUGUAUAACCUGUGUGUGGCCCUGUGGGGGAACCUUCGGGGCUACGACACCCAGGCUAUGCUCGAGGUGGACACGAACAGUUACCGGUACCACCAGGCCAGACGGGAAGCUGUGUCCUCGUGGUUAUCUGACGUGUGUGGAAAGACUGUGAAAGAGGAGGCUGAUCAGACCCGCUUUAAGUCUGAUAGGUACUUGACAGUUAUCCUGCGCAUGCUGAGUGCCAGGAAGAUCCAGGAGGCCUGCUCAUUGGCUCAGAAGUCAGGUGACCAUAGACUGGCUCUCCUAUUGGCUCAGGCUGUUGGUAGUCAUGUUCCUCGUCACAUGAUUGCACAGCAGCUUAUCAACUGGUGUGAACUGAAGGCGGACCACUAUGUGGACACGGAGCGGCUGAAGAUCUACCUGUUGUUGUCUGGUCAGCUGCUGUGGCUGGCCUCAGACAGGAUGAUUAACACCUGUGACGGGAUGGACUGGAAGAGAGCUCUUGCCUUUCACCUGUGGUUUAAGUGUCCCCCCUCGGGGCUCCUGACAGAGGCAAUACAUCUGUAUGAUCAGUCCUACCAGGGCACUGACACUUGUGAUAAGUACGCCACAUCGCCCUGCCCCCCGUACCUGGAGAGUGAUCCCCUGGCAGCGGAGGAGGAAACGUUGGAGGGGGGUCAGUUUCUAAUCCAGGACACCUGCUAUCACCUGUUAAAACUGUAUGCUGACCGCUCCCACCGUCUGGAGAUACUUCUCUGUCCCACCACACACACCCCCAACCAGAUGGACUACAGACUUAGUUGGCACUUGUGUCAGGUGUUACAGUCUCUGGGCUUCCUUCACCUCUCUGACUACCACUUGUCCGUGAUCCACACCAGCUAUGCGGCUCAGCUCGAGGCCUUGGGACUUUGGGAGUGGGCUGCCUUUGUCCUCCUACACAUAUCUGAUAGUCAAAGGCGGAGGAAGGCUGUGAUUGACCUUCUGAGCAGGAACGCAGAUUUGCUGAAGGACGGAGUGAGUCUGGAGAGGGAGAAACUACUGGUGGAGAGAUUUCAUGUGCCAAAGGUGUGGAUACAUCAGGCAAAGGCCCUACGAGCCCGGUACAUAGGGGAGCCGUACGACGAGGCCUGGCAUCUGAUGAAGGCCAGACACUGGGAUGAGAGCCACAAAGUCCUGCUCCAGCACAUAGCUGCCGACGCUAUCAUCAAUGAGAACUAUGACUACCUGAAGCGUUACCUCGUGGAGCUGGUACCUGAGAGAGGAGGGCUGAUAGAGAACUGGCACACAGGGGGCAGUGUCUUCCUUGACUACAUUAACCUCUGUCAGCAGCUCGACACUCUCAGACAGGGUGAGCCAAGUCUGUUCGAGCUAGAGAAGUUGCAGCCUGAGGUUAUCUCCCUUUGUAAUCGUGUAGGCAGUCUCAAGUGUGUCACGGCUAAAGACAGAUUGUGUCAGUGUGAGAUGGCAAAGAAAGCUGCUAAUCUGCUGAGAACUCUGAUCAGUCUUCAGCAUGCUACGACUCCAGACCAUGUACCUGUCAGGUUACUGGCUCCCCAUAUCAGUCACCUGCCGAUGCCGGAGGACUACAGCCUGCAGGAAUUGAGACAGCUGACCCGUGGUUACCUUCUCAAGAUGAACACUGCAUAGACACCUUCACUAUAUGUAUAUAUUAUAGUGCAUGUAUUUAAAAUCAGAUUUUACUCAAAAUUGUUUUGUUAUGAGGAGUAUAUUAAUUGGUCUGUUUUGGUGUGUAGAUUAUUUUGUUUGCUUUUGUCAAAGUACUGUCAGGUUAUCCCCAGUAGUAUGAUGUGUAUAAGUCAGGUUUAUUUUGUGAUGACAGAUGGGUGGUUGUGGGAGUGUGACACCUUGGUUAUUCUGUAUGAAGACUGAGUGAAAGAGACGUAUGUACAACCGUAAGUCAGCUGUGUAUAGGACUUUAUUCCUUGACACCUUUUACGUACUUACGUGCAAGUCAAAAAUGUUAAAGUUGUCACAGUGCUUAGUUGACAGUUUAUGGGGUGGGGAAUUGUUAAUAUUUUAAAGUCUAAGACUAAGCUGUAAGAUAGUAUUUCAAAUUUUGAGAAACGGAAAUGGCCUUGUGGAAUUGCCGCCAGAUCUUUAGCAGCCACAAAAGUCGGGCAAGAAACUUUGAUGAAAUGAAUUUAAACAUUAUAGAACCAAAAUUACUCCUCGACAAAAAAAAAAAAAAUUGUUGAACUUGAACUGUUUUUUUCCCUCAUUUUUAAGCUGCAUUGUAUAAUUGUUGUGCACGGCUGUUUAAAAUUUAACCACGGGAAGCAUACAUUAGAGUAUGGUUGUCAAAAUAUGGAGAAGAAAUAGACAUUUCUUGUUGGCAUGGAAUUUCGUGUCUAAUGAACAUGCAACUACUUCAUUUGCACAGCAAAGUGGUUACAUGAAAAUUUAAGUUACUAAUUAUUUCUUUCACUUAUCUGUGUAAGUGUUAAAAGUUUUAAACAGAAAAGUUGAAAAAUAUAUUAUGUAUGGUCUGAUAAAUCUUUGUGUCCUUUAUGUGUGAUUUCUUUCAGUGUAUUAGAUUGUAUGUCAGGAUGACCACCACAUGUGUCUAGGACUACCAUUAGGUGUGUCCUUCACAUCAACACAUAUUUUUACUCUUGCAAUGCAGAUGUGAAGGAAUUCACUCUAGGCCUCCUGAUUUCUUAAAUGAGCCAUCAUGGUUUGUGUAUUAUAACUUUAAAUUUACAUGAUCCAUUCAAUGUGUUAGCUGAUGCAGUGGCUUUAUUUUAAAUUCUGCACAACUCACUUCAUUGUGCAAAAGACUUGAACAUUUUAUUAUUGGAAAUAUCCAAGUUUUGUGUUCGUACAUUCAUGAUUAUCUGCACUGCAUACAGAUUGUCCGCACAUUGGUAUAAGAUUUGGUAUUUUUAAGAUCACUUUUGGUAUAAAUCUUGUAGAUCUUGAGAUCCUAUAUUUCACUAUAAAUAUGUUUAUGUAUAAUUAAUCUUAGUAUUUUUGUCGAAUUCAAUAGCGUUGUGGUUGAGUAAAAUAAUGAACAUUCUUCAAUUUUGUUGCCUGGCAGGCUAACAGCAGUUGUAUUUCAGACUAACAGCAGUUGUAUUUCAGGCUAACAGCAGUUGUAUUUCAGGCUAACUACAGUUGUCGUUCAGGAACUGUUGUGAGAUUCUCCAGUCAAAGUCAACACAAAACACCAGUGAUUUGUUGUAAUUCAAGUACUACAUUUUUUGUUUUGUGUAAGGAUAAUCUUAUAAGUAGGUUCAUAUUUUCACAGAAUAAACAGAAAAAAACAACAGCUUUCUGAUGAGCAAAUUAUAUUGUAUUUAAAUUUGAGACAUUCUGAACCAAAUUAUGGAAAUAUUUUGUUCUUUUCUGGAAUGCCCACAUCUAAAUGUCAGAAUAUUGGAGUAAAGACAUUUAAACAUGUAAUAAAAUUUACA